AUGCUCAGUUUAGUAUGUAUUGCUAGAGAAGUUUUUUUUUUUUUUUUUCUUGGGAGAGUACAUGGGAUCAGCACAGGGUCAACCAGCACUGUCCAAAGGUCAGGGGUUUUGCACCCUCCUAGAGCAGAAAGAAAACUCCUCCUACAAGCUUUAACUAGUGCUCUGCUGGACACUUAUAGAAGACACAAGACUGUUCUAAGGCUAGGUGCACACCUAUUCAAUUUUCGUUUGAUCUGCUUUUUGUGAUGUACAUGUGGUGUAUAUUGUGGGAGACCAGAUAUAGUGAACGCAGGGUCCAGGG